UUGUUAUAUUCUGCUUUCCAUAAACCUGCCUCCUUUCUUUCUUUCUUUCUUUCUUUCUUUCUUUCUUUCUUUCUUUCUUUCUUUCUUUCUUUCUUUCUUCCUUUCUUUCUUUCUUUCUUUCUUUUUUUCUUUCUUUCUUCCUUUCUUUCUUUCUUCCUUCCUUUCUUUCUUUCUUUCUUUCUUUCUUUCUUUCUUUCUUUCUUUCUUUCCACCCCUAUGUCUCCUUCUUUCUUUCUUUCUUUCUUUCUUUCUUUUUUCUUUCUUUCUUUCUUUUUUCUUUCUUUCUUUCUUUCUACAAGCACCCAUUUUUCCUUUUUACUUCUUAGUGUACCGUACUUUGUUAUUUUUUCUUUCUUUCUUUCUUUCUUUCUUUUUUCUUUCCCUUUUCUCCCUUCUCCUCUCUCUUUCUUUUCUCUGCUCUUCCUUUUUCUCAUAUUUUCUUUCUUUCUUUCUUUCUUUCUUUCUUUCUUUCUUUCUUUCUUUCUUUCUUUCUUUCACAUCCUCCUGUUCAGUUUUCCUUCAAUUUGUCAAAUUUCCGGGAUUUUUUUUGCUUUUUCUUCCCCACACAUUUUUCUUCCCGACAUCUUUCUCUAUAAAAUGUUCCACUGUUUUUUGCAUUUCUUUCCGCUGCUUCCUAUCAAUCCUUCUUUCUUUCUUUUUCAAUGUAUUUAUUUGUCUCUUCCCUUACUCACAGAAAUACGCUUCUUUUUUCUCUUUCAUUAUUUUGACAGUUUUCCUUUUCUUCUUCUUUCUUUUAUUAAUAGAAAUCUUAUAAAUCUGUUUUUUUUUUUGCAUUUAUGUAUUUUUUCUUCCCCCCAUUGUCUGUUCGCCCUCCUUUAUUUAUUUAUUUAUUUAUUUAUUUAUUUCUUCAUUCCUUCCUUUCUUAUUUUCUUUCUUUCUUUCUUUCUUUUCUUCUUUCUUUAUUUCUUUCUUUCCUUCUUUCUUUCUUUCUUCCUUUCUUCAUUCCUUCCUUUCUUAUUUUCUUUCUUUCUUUCUUUCUUUCCUUCUUUCUUUCUUUCUUUCUUUCCUUCUUUCUUUCUUUUCUUAUUUUCUUUCUUUCUUUCUUUCCUUCUUUCUUUCUUUCUUUCUUUCCUUCUUUCUUUCUUUCUUUCUUUCUUUCCUUCUUUCUUUCUUUCUUUCUUCAUUCCUUCCUUUCUUAUUUUCUUUCUUUCUUUCUUUCCUUCCUUCUUUCUUUCUUUCUUUCCUUCUUUCUUUCUUUCUUUCUUUCUUUCUUCAUUCCUUCCUUUCUUAUUUUCUUUCUUUCUUUCUUUUAUUUCUUUCUUUCUUUCUUUCAUUCUGUCUUUCUUUCCUUCUUUCUUUCUUUCUUUCUUUCUUUCCUUCCUUCUUUCUUUCUUUUUUUCUUUCCUUCUUUCCUUUUUUCUUCAUUCCUUGCUUUCUUAUUUUCUUUCUUUCCUUCUUUCUUUCUUUCUUUCUUUCUUUCUUUCUUUCUUUCUUUUGUUUCCUACGUUUAUUCAGUAUGGAUGCCCCUUAUUAUCUUUCUACUAUUCAUUUAUUUAUUACACGAGUCUCUUCUUCAUUUUAGGCUUUCUUUAUUUCACACAUAUAAUCUUUGACAUGUCUUUAAGUGACGCCAAAAGUGUUUACAUCUUUUGUUUUUGUUUUCCUGCGCCGAGUUUUGUCACCAUGAUUAAUUCUUCUUUCUUUCAUCACCUUUGUUUUUUUUUCUUCUUCUUUUCUAUUUCAUUCUUUUCCAUCUUUGCUUCAUUCCUUCUAUUUUCGUUCUUUCUUCUUCCUAUCUUACAUCAGUCUUUCUUCCACUAUCACUUCUAUCCCGUCUUCCCUUUUCUUCCUUCCUUCUUCAAUGUAUUCUUUUUCUUUCUCUCUUUUCUUUUAUCGUCACUUCUUUUCGUUUCGUUCUUUCUUUCGACAUAUUCUUCUUUCAUUCUUUUUUAUUUUAUCUCUUUCACUUCUGAUGUCCUUCCUUCUUAUCAUCUUCUUCUCUUCCUUACUGUGACAUUUUCCCUUUCGUUUCUCUCUUUUCUACUUUCGUUCAUUCUUUUCAUCAUCUCUCAUUUUUUCUUCCCCCUCCCAAAUUCAUACUUGAGAUCUUUCUGUCAUGUUACUUCCUUCUUUUCUAUAUCUCUACUCUGUUUAUUUCUCGCGUUCCAUACCUUACUUGUGAUUUUUCUUUCUUUCUUUCUUUCUUUCUUUCUUUCUUUCUUUCUUUCUUUCUUUCUUUCUUUCUUUCUUUCCUGUUGUUUUUUCUUCUUUUUAGUUUUCUCCUUCUUUCUAUUUUCCCUCCAGCAUACCUUACUUGUGAUUUUUCUUUCUUUCUUUCUUUCUUUCUUUCUUUCUUUCUUUCGUUCUUUCUUUCUUUCCUGUUUUUUUCUUCUUUUUAGUUUUCUCCUUCUUUCUAUUUUCCCUCCAGCAUACCUUACUUGUGAUUUUUCUUUCUUUCUUUCUUUCUUUCUUUCUUUCUUUCUUUCUUUCUUUAUUUAUUUCUUUCUUUCUUUCCUGUUCUUAACUAUUUGUGAUUUUUCUUUUUUUUUCCUGCCUUCUUUCCACCCUUCAUUUAUGUUUGUGUCUUCUUUUCUUUCUUUCUUUCUUUCUUUUUCGUUUUCCUUAAACCGCCCUACCUGCUAUGUUCUUCUUUCUUUUUUUUUCUUUCUUUCUUUCUUUCUUUCUUUCUUUCUUUCUUUUCUUUUUUCUUUAUUUCUUUCUUUCUUUCCUGUUGUUUUUUCUUCUUUUUAG